GAUUAGAUUGUCUUAUGGAGGACAUGUCUAGACGAGGCCCUUCGAGAGGAGAGUCAUCGGCGUGUGGUUACUGUCGGCGGAAGGCCGGUGUGGACUUGCAGCGUUGAGAGAGAGAGACGCUGAAAGAAUCGCAGCACGAAAGCAACAGAAACAACAGCCAUAGGAAAAAUGACAGAAGGAGAAAUAAUAAAGAAAGAAGCUCGUGAGCUACGUGACCUGAUUUUGAAGCUGAUCAAAGAAUUAGACGAUCACCACUAUAACGUGAACGUUGCCAAGGCAACAGGCAACGCUGUAUCAGCUUUUGGAGGAAUAUUAACCGUUGCAGGCGCCAUCUCAGCAGGUCUAACCGCAGGAGCAACGUUGCCCUUGGUCGGUACUGGCAUCGCGAUAGCCGCUGGCGGAGGUAUAAUUGAUAUGGGGGCUUCUCUGACAGAGCACUAUAUCAACUAUGUUAAACAGUAUCAUCUCCAGGAGAAGUGGGAUACGUUUGAAAAUGAUUUCUUAAAAUACUACGACAAAGAGAGUUCUGAAACUUCGAUAGAAAUUCAAAAAACCAUUCGGGAUAUUAUCAGUGGAGUUAUCGAGAUGAACGAAGGUUACAAUUGGAUCAAGAAGAGAGCUAGUGCUGCAAGUAGGCUGAGAGAUGCCUUAGCGGUGCCGGGCGCCUCGCCGGUAUGCAGAGUGACCAGAUCAAUCAUUGAAGGUGUGAAGAUUGUAGGGAAAAGAACAGUCUUUUUAAACGCCUUCCUGGUCCCCAUCAGCUUGCAAGAUCUCGUACGAUCAGCUAAUGCAGCAAGCAGUGGCGAGAGCUCAGAUGUUUCGGCCAAACUGAAGAAUAUGGCGGACUUUCUUAACAAAGUUGUCAACGACGAACUGUAGAGUCUCUCGCCUACCUCUGAAAGAAAAUUGUUUUAGAACGGACGCAUACACACAUACACACUGCCACGCACACUUCAAUAAUCCACAGUCGUUAGUGUCAGUAGCUUAAAAUUCCAAAUAUUCCGACAGGCAUGAAAAGUAGCUAUUAAUAUUGCCCUCUAUAUAACAGAAUGUCGGAAAAUGAGGACAUCAUAACAGCGUACAUAUAAUUACUUAUCAUUGAUUGUCAUUAUACGGUUUAUCAUUGAAACCCCAAAUACAACUGAAAUGUUGAAUGUACAGCCAUCCACUGUUAAUAUGCAUGUAACACAAUUUAAGAGGUUGAUAUGGACCAAAUGGCAUCUUGAACCUAGAGAGUAGAGUAAUCAUUAAAGUUGUCCUUUACUUAAAAACAAUGUUUGUAAAGGAGAUCUGUAUGACCAUGUGCACCACAUGAGGUAUAGGGAUCAAUGUCAGAAUCUUGUCUGAUUAUUAUUAAGUGACUAUAUGCUAUAAACCCUUAAUAAAAAGAAUUUAUCUUUAUGUACAGUCACCCAAUGUUAAUAUGUAUGUAACCAACAUCAUUUAAUAUUGAUGUGGGCCAGAUGGCCUCCUAAAAACUGAAUAAAACUAUUAUUAGUAGUAGUAGCAAUUACACAUACUUAUUAGAUAUAUAUAAAUCACCAGUACCAGGAAGAUGAGCAGCAGUAUCAAAGAGAACGAUUAUAAAGGUAGACAAGUGCACACUGUAAAAAAAAUACUUGCUACAAAUUUAUGAUUAAGUAAAUAAUUUGUAAAAGUAA